AUGGCCCCCAUCGCUAAGACCAUUGCCCUCGCUGGCGCUCUCUACUCCGUCCUCGGCUUCGCUGCUCCCAUGCAGAAGCGCGCCGUUGUGUGGGAGACCGUCACUGACAUCGUCUGGACCACCAUCGAUGUCACCACCACUCUUUACCCCCAGCAGCUCGACGCUGCCACUGCUACCGUCGCCCCUGUGACCACCGCCGCUCCCGCUGUUGCUGCCGUCACCACCACCCAGGCUGCCCAGCAGCAGCAGGCCCAAAAGGAGGCUGAGCCAGAGCCCACCUCCAGCAGCUCCACCUCGACCGUCGCUCCUGCUCCCGCUCCCGCUCCCACCGAGCAGCCCACCCAGGCUCCCGCUCCCCCUGCCGCUGUGCCCACCACCAGCGCUGCCCCCAGCUCCACCUCUGAGGCUCCCGCUCCCGCCAGCUCCAGCAGCUCCAGCAGCUCCUCCCAGGGCUCCGGCUACGACGGCUCCUGCGACGAGAGUUCGCCCUGCACCGGCCAGAUGACCUACUACGACACCGCUACCACCUCGACCAACCCCAGCGCCUGCGGCACCACCAACGACGGCGAGACCGAGUUCGUGCUCGCCCUGCCCCACGGCAUCAUGACCGACGGUGACUGCGGCAAGAGCGUCACCAUCGAGUACAACGGCGUCACCAAGACCGGCACGGUCGUCGACAAGUGCAUGGGCUGCGACAACACCUCCAUCGACCUGUCCCGCGCUCUCUUCGGUGCCUUCGCCUCUCUCUCCGAGGGCCGUCUCUCCGGUGCCAAGUGGUACAUCAACUAA